AUGGAGAGGGCAGAAUGGAGAGGGCAGAACGGAGAGGGAAUAAUGGAGAGGGCAGAAUGGAGAGGGUACAGUGGAGAGGGCAGAAUGGAGAAAACAGAAUGGAGAGGGCAGAACGGAGAGGGCAUAAUUGAGAGGGCAGAAUGGAGAGGGCAGAAUGGAGAGGGCAGAAUGGAGAGGGCAGAACGGAGAGGGAAUAAUGGAGAGGGCAGAAUGGAGAGGGUACAGUGGAGAGGGCAGAAUGGAGAGGGCAGAGCGGAGAGGAAAGAAUGGAUAGGGCAGAACGGAGAGGGAAUAAUGGAGAGGGCAGAAUGGAGAGGGUACAGUGGAGAGGGCAGAAUGGAGAAAACAGAAUGGAGAGGGCAGAACGGAGAGGGCAUAAUUGAGAGGGCAGAAUGGAGAGGGCAGAAUGGAGAGGGCAGAAUGGAGAGGGCAGAAUGGAGAGGAUACAGUGGAGAGGGCAGAAUGGAGAGGGUACAGUGGAGAGGGCAGAACGGAGAUGGAAGAAUGGAGAGGGCAGAAAGGAGAGGGCAUAAUGGAGAGGGCAGAAAGGAGAGGGCAGAAUGGAGAGGGUAG